UAACCUCAUUCUUCAUCUUACGACUUUAGGGCCUGGACAGCUUAACACCCAACGGUGAUCUCGGGCAUAUUCUAAACGAUUGUCCGAAGUUCUGGAAGUUCGAAUGCUUGCCACUUAUCUGUCUAAAGCUCAGGAUACACGAAUAUACAUGCCAGAAGUACAGAAAGAAUAAGAAAAAGUACCUAUCAAACGGAUCUAACUGGGCCGACUUACAGCAUCUUCCCCCCUGUUCGCGAGUUCUUGGUAUUUGAAAUACCCAUUUUCCCCCAUCCGUCCUCCGGCUCCUCCUCCUGCCUAUUCAGAAGGAUUUGCAUGGGGGGGCAUUACGUCCAAAGAGAGAGAGGGAGGCUUUGGGACUACUUAAUUCACCUACGCUCUCCUUUCUUUAAUACCCCGUGAUGCGAUUGAGCGGUACCGGGCUUCAACUUAUCGUUAAUGCACCGUCGUCAUUCCAGCUGCUUAGGUCUGUUUCAGCCGCGCAUUGCUUAACUCGUGGUUUUUUGGCAUCUAUUGCUUAUACUACUUCUACAUAUAUUACCCCUCGUCUUGACCAGCGUUAUCAGCGUUCUUGUUCUUCCUCAAUUCGCUCAAACACAUCCCCCCUCUUCGGCAAUUUCACCACCCAAGUCAGGAUGGCUUCCACUCUGACUCUCCCGAAGUUGCCCAUCUUCGAAGCCAUCGCCAGCCAUAACCCGCAAUCAACAGCUAUCGUUCAUUGCUUAUCUCGUCGAACCUUCAAGUACGGCGAACUUCUUCCAGAUGUAUCCCGCACGCGUGACCGGAUACUAGAGGCGGCGGGCAAGUCGGACAUCCGGGGCGAACGGGUGGCUUUUCUAAUAGAGAACAGUUACGACUAUGUUGUCACGUAUCUUGCUGUUCUAGCGUCGCACGCCAUCGCUUUACCACUAUCUCCUCCCUUCCCAGCUCCCGAGCUACAAUACAUCUUAUCGCAGUCUGGAGCUAUACUCUUGCUGCACUCGUCAAAAUAUGCAUCGAAAGUCGACGAGGUUCUCAACACACCGAGCAAAGAACUCGAUGUCACGCCAUCACCAAUUCCCGUCGAGCUGCCGAAGCACUUCGGUGCAAUUUCGGAGACAUUCGAGCCGGUUGAACUCGUAGAAGAUGAUACGGAGGGUGCCGGUAUGAUGCUUUACACAUCUGGUACGACCAACAGACCGAAGGGUGUGCUGUUGCCAGAAAGCGCGCUUACGGCGCAGGCUCACGCCUUGAUUGAGGCCUGGAAAUACUCGCCUUCAGAUAGACUCCUACACGUGCUACCCCUCCACCACAUCCACGGCACGGUAAAUGCAGUACUCACACCCCUGUUUGCGGGCAGCAGCAUUGAAUUCCUCUUCCCCUUCAACGCGGACACCGUAUGGCGACGAUUUGCAUCUCCGUUCUUGGACUCGCCUCAAGUUGCUGCUGCAGUCAAGGCCAACGGUGUUUCUCCUGCGGUGAAGGCGAAUGGCAUCACAAAUGGCGUCAAGACCAAUGGUAUUGCUAAGCCUAACGGUAUUAUAAACGGCGUUGCCCACCCGGUUGUGAAAACAAACGGAUUCCACCCUCCUAUUGCGGAGUCGAACGGCAUCGUCACUCCUAUCACAGAAACGAAUGGCACUACCACUCCAGCUCUAGAACUCGGCGGAUUCGGUAAUCCUGCCUCGUCUGAAAUUGGCCGUCUAGCAGCAGUGAUCAGCCAGCUCGCCGCUGAAGUAAACAACCUGGCCGCUAAGAUCAGCCAACCCAGCCAGCCGCUCGCUCUAACAAACGGUCUCAACCACGCCAUCUCCCAGCAAACCAACGGUGCGAUCCCGUCCCCUGCCCUAUCGGCCAAAGGAUUCGACACCCCGAUCGCCUCAACUAACGGCGUCACCACUCCGGUUGCCGAACCAGCUGCCCCCGUCAAGCAACCGGAGCCGCCCAAAGCCAGCGACCCCGCCGCUGAGGAACAGUACAAGAACAUGUCGCGAGUCAAGAUCACCUUCUUCACCGUCGUGCCUACGGUCUACACACGCCUUCUCUCCACGCAUAAGACAUUGCCGCCUGCCGUUGCCGAAGCCGGCCGCAUCGCCAUCAGCCCCGAGCACAUGCGCGUCUCGAUCUCGGGGUCCGCGGCGCUACCCACGCCAGUCAAGCGCGCGUGGCGGGACCUGAGCCGCGGCAACGUCCUGCUCGAGCGCUACGGCAUGACCGAGGUCGGCAUGGCGCUGUCGUGCGGCCUCGACUUCGGCGACCGCGUCGACGGCAGCGUCGGCUGGCCGCUUCCCGGCGUCGAGGCGCGGCUCGUGGACAGCGAGACGGGCGUCCUCGUCGAGGACGACUUCUCGCUCGACGGCGAGGCCAAGGAAAGGUCCGGCGAGAUCCAGCUCCGCGGCAAAAACGUGUUUAGGGAGUACUGGGCCAACCCCGCCGCCACGGCCAAGGAGUUCGUCCCCGCGGACGACGGCAAGGGCCCCUGGUUCAAGACUGGCGAUGUUGCUGUUCGCAGGCCCGUGCCCGCCGCCGGAAAUAAGGUCAGCGGCGACUGGGCACAGGGCCCCAUGUACUUCAUCCUCGGGCGCCAGAGCGCGGAUAUCAUCAAAUCGGGCGGAGAAAAGGUUUCCGCGCUCGAAGUCGAGCGCGAACUCCUCUCCCUCCCGGAGAUUUCGGAGGCGGCUGUCGUGGCGGUCCCGUCGGGCAAGUGGGGACAGAAGGUCGGCGCCGUGAUUAUUCAUUCUCCCGAGUACUUGCGGGAACAUGCCGCGUGGAGACCGCUCGACAUGCGGCGCGCGCUCAAGGGCAGGUUGGCGAAUUACAAGAUCCCCCAGGUCCUCAGGGUGGUCGAGCAUAUCCCGAGGAAUGCGAUGGGGAAGAUUAAUAAGAAGGAUUUGCUCCGGAAGGUGUUCUUGGACGAUUUUAGCGGGGACGAGAUGUAGAUGACUCCCCUGCUUUUGGGAAGAAGAAAAGGGGUGGGGGUUCGGUUUUGGUACCCUGAAUCUUACUUACGCGUGUGGUAUUAUCUUGGAAGUUGGAGGGAGGGAGGCAUUUGAUAUCACGGUUUAGGCACGAUGAAGAUGUCUGGUCGGAUUGGCAUGGACAUCGCCGACCAAGAAGGUAUGACAUGAGAUGGGAUGAAAGGAUCUUAAUAGAUUCAACACGAGAAAGAAAACGAGAUGGGCGAAUAAACCAACAAACCGAUUCGAGCAAAACAGCUCUCAAUAUCGGGAAUAAGACGAAAUGAUAUGAAAGCGGGAGCAAGGUGUUGUCGCAUAUACAGCGGGGCAUCGGAAUUUCUCACUUUGUUGAGACUCGAGGGGGUUUAUAUCUACGCGGGAGGACUUAUAUCUGUCUAUAUUUGUUCGAAUAUUCCGUCUUCGAUAGGGCUUCAUCAAUCUGUAUAUAGGAAAUUCCUUUUUCCUUUCCACCCCUCUUCUCUCUUGUUUUUUAUACACUUCGUCGGCGGCCUAUUUAUCCUUUACUGCAGUAGAGUUAGAAUGAACGAGGCUCGCUCGCCACUAUAGGACAAGUAUUUCACUUAGCUACCUACAUACCUGUUUCAGUUUCGAAUCUCAAUUAUGACAAGUGUUUACAUAUUUGGGACAAGGGAAUUAACGU